AUGACGACGGGAACUGUCAAACCUUCGGCGUCAAAUGAGCCGCAGGGCAGUUCGCCCGCUCACAAGCACCACAUGAUGCGCGCCCAUGACCUUCUCGAGAAGGAGAGACAUCUCAUCCAUUCGAUCCGUCGCGCCGCCCCACACCGAUCUGCGAACCCUUUCGUCGUCAGCGAGCGCCAGGGCGAGAGACAACUCUGUAUUUCCUCCAAGACCUUAAGUGCCGACGACUUUCACUUGAUCAAGACUCUGGGGACUGGGACCUUUGCCCGAGUAUGGCUCACGCGCUUCAAGGACGAGACGGACACGAACAAAGUUUAUGCGCUGAAGAUUCUGCGCAAGGGUGACGUGAUCAAAUUGAAGCAGGUCGAGCAUGUGCGCAACGAACGCAAAACCCUGGCCGCGGUCGUUGGACAUCCUUUCAUCACGAAUCUCGUCGCGUCCUUCUCGGAUGAGCAGAAUCUCUACAUGUUGCUGGACUACUGUCCGGGUGGCGAGAUUUUCACUUAUUUGCGCCGGUCGAAACGAUUCGAUGAAGAGACAUCGCAAUUCUAUGCCGCAGAAAUCACGAUGACUAUUGAAUUUCUUCACGACAUUCAUGGCGUGGCGUACCGUGACUUGAAGCCCGAGAACAUUCUUAUUGACGCCGAGGGUCACAUCAAGCUGGUCGAUUUUGGAUUUGCCAAAACGGUCGAGAACCGCGAGACAUACACCUUAUGCGGCACCCCCGAAUACCUAGCUCCCGAAGUCAUCCACAACAGCGGACAUGGCCUCGCCGUUGACUGGUGGGCGCUCGGAAUCUUGAUCUACGAAUUCCUUGUCGGACAACCUCCAUUUUGGGAUCAAAACCCCAUGCGCAUCUACGAGCAAAUCGUCGAUGGGUACAUCAAUUUCCCACCGGAGAUGCCUCCAGCCGCGCAAAACAUUGUUUCGCUCCUGUGCAAGACCAAUCCUUCCGAAAGACUGGGCCAUAUCUCGGGCGGCUCGACUCGGGUCAAAUCUCACCCCUUCUUUGGACAAAUUGCCUGGGAUGAUUUGUUCUACCGUCGUGUCAAGGGCCCAAUCAUCCCCCGACUGGCCCACGCAGCGGACGCGAGCAACUUUGAAGAGUACCCAGACUCUGAUAACCGUAACCAGAAUCUCUACACUGAUGACUUGAAGAAGAAAUACGAGCCACUUUUCAGUGAUUUUUGA